ACAUUAUAAAAGGGCUCGAAACAACCUGCCCGGAGAAAGAAGAGAUUUGUCGUGCUGAACGCAGAGGAAUAUUUUUUUAUAGCGAUUUUUAUUGGCGUUUGAAGGACGAAAGAACUGCAAACAGAUACGGUCUGUUUACCCAACGAUAAUUCACUACUUUUUACAGCAAUCAGGCAAUCCAAAAAAUGGCAGAAGAACUGACUUUUACCAUUCAGAACCGCGAGCGAAUCCAGGCGGUGGAGAGCACCUUCGGCCGAACCGGAAAGAUGCUUCUCAAACCGGGCCGUAUUCUGGUGGGGGAGGGCUGCUUAUCGAAGCAGUGCAGACGCGGACCCAAACCCAAAGCGUUCUUCCUCUUCAACGACAUUUUGGUCUACGGUAGCAUCAUGGUGCCCGGUCGCUGGAACAGUAGCCAGAAGGUCAUUCCUUUGGAGGAUGUGCAGCAGGAGGACCUGGAAGACGGUAUGGCCAUGCCCAACCAGUGGCUCAUCCGCACGCCGCGCAAGUCCUUCUACGUCUCGGCGGCCUCGCCAGAGGAAAAGAAAGCGUGGAUGGGACACAUCAAGCAGUACAAGUCCCUGCUAGUGCAGGUUAAGGGCCUUCCCGCUCACAACCAUGCAGAGAACUUCGCUGCCACCUGGAUCCCCGACACGGCGUCGGCCAUCUGUAUGCGCUGCUCCAGGCGAUUCAACGUUGCCAAUCGGAGGCACCACUGCAGGAGAUGCGGUUAUGUAGUAUGCAGAGCUUGCUCAAAGAGCCGGGCCUUGAUACCGAACAUCUCCUCCAGACCGGUGAGAAUUUGCCGGGCUUGCGCGAACAGCGUUCAUGAGGGAAAUGAGCAGGGAAAGCAGAGAGCUAAGGGAAAGCACUGGAAGAAGAACUCCGUCGAGGAUGCGCCGACGUUACCCGAGUACGAGACGUCCAGCGACGACGAGUCCGGUGAGCAGGGGUACCAGGUGCCCACCAAGUGGUUCAAUAGCCCGGAAGAUGAGGGUUACUCCCCCUACUGCUACAUAAAGCCUGAGCACAAGAGUCCUCCUGUCUGUGGACUCUAAACCUGACAGAGGCGAUGAAGUACUAAUAUGAACUACGAUGAAGCUCGCCAUGUGUUGCACUUCUCCCGAGAACAAGAGCACAGAGACACUAGCACUGAUUUUGCACGGAAGUAUUUGAGUCACUUCUAUUGCUUUGCACUUUUGUAUAUUUGCAUGUGUACGUAUAUUGUAACUUUAUUGUGUAGCAGAUGUUUAUAUUAUAGCUUGUGUAGAACUGAUGGAACUAUGUACUUUUGUAAUCGGUGCAAUAAAUAAGCAUUAUUCAAA